ACAGUUUGGAAAGACCUAAAUUGUCAGACCUUUAAACUUCACCACAGUUUUCAGAAACAGAUCCUUGAUGGUACUCCAGUAAGGCCAGGAGAGAGAGGGAAGAGAACCAGGGCUGCAUGUUCUAAUUAUUUUUAUGAAGAUAUUCACAAGAAGUGCACUUUGUGUGAGCUUUGUGGAGCACGUGAUAUUUUGGCAGGCAGUUCCAGUAGUAACAUUUUAGACCAUGGUUGUACAGGUCCCUCUUCAUCUCCAAUCUGGUGUAAAGCAGAGACAGGGACCAAGCCAAUUUGCACAAAACUCAAAGAUGUCCCCAAUGGCAGCAUAGAGUGCAGACAGGAGAGAGAGGACCUGAUUUUACCUGGAACUGUGUGUACUUUGACAUGUGACCCAGGGUACAGGCCAGUCCAGAACAACCUCACCACACAGUGCUCCAUACAGUCCUCUGAAAGGAGCGUGGAGGCUGCUUGGAGCAGAACAUUGCCAGAAUGUGUCUUAAUCCCUGUGACAGAGGCAAUGUCAACCACAGAAAACGCAACAAUGGCCAGUGCUACUACUGCUAUGGUACAAAGUGAUGAAAUAGGGUUUAAUACCAAGACAUCCCAACCUUUCAGAUUGAGUGAUUUUUGGUUUAUCAUCCCACUUUCAGUAUUACUACUAGUAGUAAUAGUAGUACUAGCUGUAGUAAUAAUGAAGAAAUAUGACUGUCUAAAAAACUGCCCAUUAAAAAAAUCUGAAUUAACUGAAGUCAUAGUGAUUCAUGAAUGCGACCCAGAUGUUAUAUGUCGCCAUGGUAAUAGUGGCAACCAAUCUGAUACUGGUUCCUGCAGCAAAGAGGCCAGGAAAGUGGAUAAUAAAGCUGGUAGCAGUGGGAGUGAAAGUGAAAGUGAAAGUAAUGAUUCUGGGUUAAGCUCAGACCUCAGUCAUCAAGAUCAGCGGACACCCAUGGAACAUGAUGAAAUUGGCACUAUACCUGCAUCUCCCCCAGAGCAAGAUGAUUGGACAGAAGAUGACGAGGACUUAUGUAAUUUCCUUGACAACCUAGGGUCUCUUAGCAACAGUAGAACAUCAGUGGAUGUCAAGUAUCCAGUGGAAGAGGGCUUCUGUCCAGGUGGUGGUAGAUACCAGGCCAGAAAUCCAAUAGAACACUCUUUUUAUUCUUCUCAGGUGUCUGCUGGUGCUGUGAGUAGUUUCCCAAGCAGACAACCACUGAGGAAGGAGGGUCAUGGUGUUCUGGAAUCCUUGGACCCUCUGAGUAAUUUACCAAGCAGACAGCCACCCUCAGGGAACAGCCAUCCAUCUGCAGAAUUUCCUAUUGAUGAAGAUGAUGAAACCACUCUGCUAAAGAAGGCCCAUAACAGUGAUGGAACAACUAAAAGUAAGAUUUUUAUGUAUACCCUGUAAGUCACACAUGGACAUACUAGAUGUAGGUACUUACUAGUAAAAUUAUUUGUUUCUUUUAUAUUGAGACACUGUCUGCCACUAUUCUGUGACUAUUCUAUUCUGUUUUAUUUUUAAUUUACUGUGUAACAUUGUUCUGUUAAAAAAUGGUACCUUUUAAAAAUCAGGAUGAGCAGCUUAUUAUAGCAAAAUUCAUUGUUUUUUUUAUGUUUUUGCAUAUAUUUUGGUGAUAGUCAAGUGCCCAAUCAUAUUUUUGUUUUAUUUUAGAUUUUCAGUGCCUCUUUGUAUGGUAAUAAAGCAGAUUCCUUUUGAAAAUUGGCAUGAACAGAUUUCUUUUAUGAAAGUG